UUCCUCUCGUUCUCGCGAUGCUAAAGCCGCCGCCGGAAAUAAGCUGCCUGUGCGAUGCUGAGUCGUCAACAACAACAAUAACAAGGGGAUCUUCCUGACUGUCAGCCAGACACUGACCGGUGUCUAAAUGAGCACACCAAAGUCUAAAACAAGAACCACAGAAACCUAAGGCUGUCAUCAUGAAGUUGUAUGUUUUCCUGGUGAACACUGGAACCACCCUUACGUUCGACACAGAGCUUGCAGUUCAGACUGUGACUGAUCUUAAACAUGCUAUUCAGACAAAAUAUAAGAUUGCUGUUCACCACCAAAUCCUUGUUGUUAAUGGAGGAGAAUGUAUGGCACCCGACAGAAGGGUCUGUAGUUACAGUGCUGGUACCGACACCAAUCCAAUUUUCCUUUUUAAUAAAGAGAUGAUCCUUUGUGAGCGCCCUCCAAUCAUACCUAGGACAACAUUUACAGCAGAAAAUGAAAUGGAGUUGAAAGUGGAGGAAUCUCUUAUGAUGCCUGCUGUAUUUCACACAGUGGCCUCAAGAACGCAGCUUGCUGUGGAAAUGUAUGAGAUUGCCAAGAAGCUGUGUUCCUUUUGUGAAGGCCUGGUGCAUGAUGAGCACCUACAGCACCAAGGCUGGGCUGCUAUUAUGGCCAACUUAGAAGACUGUACGCAUUCAUACCAAAAGCUUCUUUUAAAGUUUGAGAAUGCAUAUUCAAAAUAUCUACAGUCAAUAGAUGACAUAAAACUCAAGCUAACCAAUUUAGGGACAGCUGUCUCUAUCAUGGCCAAGAUUCCGCUGCUAGAGUGCCUGACUCGACAGAGCUACAGGAUCUGUUUAGGUAGGCUAAUAUCGUCAACGGAAGGAGAUUCUGAUGAACCAGGAAAUGAAGGAGAAAUGAUACAGCGUGAUGAUGAAACUAAACUGAAAAAUAUGGACAUGGUUGCCUUACUUUCUAAGUCUACAGAACAUCCAACCCAGAAAGUAGAGGACAAUGAUAAUGAACAAAACAUUGAUUCUCCCACACAGGAAAGGGAAUAUGUGGAUCGGGAUUGUUCAAAAGAUCCCCCUUCCUUCAACGUUUCUUUGUUGGACUGGAUUAAUGUACAGGAUCGUCCAAAUGACGUGGAGUCGUUGGUUAGAAAAUGUUUUGAUUCAAUGAGCAGACUUGACCCACGAAUAAUUCAGCAAUUUUUGGCAGAAAGCCGUCAAACUGUUGCCAAACUGGAUAAUCAGAAUAUGAAAGCCAUCAAAGGGCUUGAAGACAGGCUUUAUGCACUGGAUCAAAUGAUCGCUAGCUGCAGUAGGUUGGUUAAUGAACAAAAAGAACUUGCUCAGGGAUUUUUAGCCAAUCAGAAGCGAGCUGAAAACUUGAAGGACCCCUCUGUGUUACCCGAUUUAUGUUUGAGUCAUGCAAAUCAACUGAUGAUCAUGUUAACAAACCAUAGGAAACUGUUGGAUAUUAAACAAAAAUGUACCACUGCCAAACAGGAGCUCGCCAAUAAUUUACAAGUUCGAUUAAAAUGGUGCUGCUUCGUAAUGCUUCAUGCUGAUCAAGAUGGAGAAAAACUACAGGCUUUGUUCAGGGUUUUAACAGAACUUAUGGAACGAGUCAAGAUAGUUGAGGCACUUAGUACAGUUCCUCAAAUGUACUGCCUGGCAGUAGUUGAAGUGGUGAGACGAAAGAUGUUUAUAAAACACUACAGAGAGUGGGCAAAUGCAUUAGUGAAAGAUGGAAAGUCUUUAUACGAAACCGAGAAGGCAAAAAGGGAUUAUUUUGGGAAAUUGUUUCGUAAAUCAUAUUUACGAAAUCGCCUUUUCAGAGGACUUGAGUCUUGGCCUUCGUCAUUUUGUACAAGAAAGCCAAGGAGAUUUGACAGUGAGCUUCCUGAUAUCUCUUUAAAUGACCUUCAGUUUUUGCAGUCUCUCUGCCCUCCAGAAGUACAACUUUUCCUCAGGGUUCCAUUACUUUGUGAUUUUGAGCCUCUGCAUCAACAUGUACGUGCUCUUCACAACCUAGUAAAAGCAGCACAAAGUUUGGAUGAAAUGUCACAGACCAUUACAGAUCUUUUAAAUGAACAAAAGACAUCAAAUGGUCAGCUGUCUCCACAAUCUGUAACUACACCAAGGAUUGAAACUACAACAGAAGUUACAACUACUACCUCAACCAAAACUCUUUCAUCCCUCAAUCUUCAUGGUCCCAUCUGUCCUCCUGAUGGCAUUCCAGGGCCUUUAGAAGAAUUGUCUCCAGACAGCAUCGAUGCUCAUACCUUUGAUUUUGAGACUAUCCCCCAUCCUAAUAUCGAACAAUCACUUAAACAGGGUUCUUUAGACUUAGACUCCUUGGGAGAUAGUCCAGAAUCAGAUUUUUUAUCUGCAGUUAAUGAAUUUGUUAUUGAGGAAAACCCUGUGUCGCCCAACAUCAGUGAUACACAAAGUCCUGAAAUGAUGGUGGAGUCUUUAUACUCGUCGGUUAUAAAUGCAAUCGACAGCAGACGUAUGCAAGAUACAAGAAAUAAGGUGAAAGAGGACUGCGUUGAAAGUGCAACAAUAAAAUCCUUUGUAGAAAAAUGUAAAACUGCUACACGUGAAUCCCAAGGCAAUUUAAAGAAGUUUAAGGAAGAUCUUUGCCAUUUAAAAAUGCUUGUACAGAGGGAAAAAAAUGACUUUACUAAUGCUAUUAAGUCAGUUUCUGUUGAGAUUCUGAAUAUAUCUGAGCAUGUUAGAGCUUCCAUUGAAGCCUCAUUAAAGGAGGCACAUUUAGAAGAGUUGCAAUUAGUAGAAAGAACAUAUGAGAAAAGACUUCAGUUGUCAAAAGAAGAAUUUGAUGACAAAGAGCAACAACUAGCCAAGUUGAAGCAUGACCUUGCAGGACUUAAUGAGGAUCUGCAAAAUAAAGAUAAUGAAUUUGCUUUGAUCAGAAAUAAAAAUGAAGAAAUUUUAUGUUUACAGGAUGAAAAGGAUCAGAAAAUGAUAACAUUAGAAAAUGCCACGAGGGAACAAAUUUGUGAAAUUCAAAAGCUGAAACAAUCACGGGAAGCAGCACUAGAAGAUUUCAAAAAACUUCACGCUGAGAACCAGGAGAAACUCAGAAUUCUUAAGGAAGAGUUUCAGAAUUUAGAGAAAACACACUUAAAAGAACUAGAAGAUCAUUUAAAACUAAGGCAUACACAGGAGCUUGAAAAAGUAAAAAGUGACCAUAAGUGUUGUUUAGAAAAACUCAUUCUAGAUAAUAAACAGUUGCAAGAAUCGUGUACAGCUGCAGCUCAAGAGCAAGAGCGACAACGGCAAGAAUUAAAUCUUAAAGUUUCUGAUCUUUCUGAUGUAAAGUGUAAACUGGAGGUUGAACUAGCGCUAAAAGAGGCAGAAAUAGAUGAAGUUAAACUGUUAUUGGAACAAAGCAAGGCUCAGCAACAGGAUGAUUUGAAAUACAAAGUUGAUGAGCAAACUGAAGUCUUAAAAAUGGAGAUCGCUAGGUUAAAUAACUUAAUACAAGUUCGUAAUGAAGAGAAUGAAGUGGGGCUAGCAGAUCUUAGAACUCUAUUAUCAAGUGAGAAAAACCAAUGUAUUUCAGAACUUUUGUAUAGGCAUGAAGCAGAGACCAAUUUGCUGAGAGCUGACUUGGAUAAGUUGACUUCAGCACAUCAGCAGGCAGUAGCAGCAGAGUACCGACUAAGUGAAGAGUUAAUUGACUUAAGAAGCAAAUUAGACAAUACUUUGAAAACUCUGGAGGAACAAACAGAGCAACAUGAACUGUCUUUAAAUGAACAGAAGACUAAAUAUGACAAGCAUAUCCAACAGCUUGAAGAAGAGCAAGAACAAAUUUUGUCUGCCCAAAAGCAAGAAAAGGAGUUGCUUUUGCAAACAUUUGCAUGUGAAAGAGAAGAAGCUGUUCAUCUUGCUCUUAAGGAUGUUGAGGUUCAAAGACAAACUGUUGAAAAAGACUUAUUAGAAAAGGUGCAACAUCUUGAGCAACAGUUAAACCAGAGUCAUAUUGGGCAUACAGCAUCAGAAAGUACACAGAGUUUGGUCUGUGAACUUCAGGAAAAGCUUCAGAAAGAGAAACUAAUGCUCGCUGAGCAACUCGAAGAGCAUAAAAGAAGAAAGAGUGAAGAGAUUGAAAACCUCAGGAUAUCACUAAUUGCAGAACAACAGACUAAUUUUAAUACAGUUUUGACAAGGGAAAGAGUGAAGAAGGAAACAAUUAUUAGUGAGCUGAAUGAGAAAUUAAAGGUUGUUACACAACAGCAGGAAAGAGAUAAAGAUUUAAUCGAAACACUCUCUGAAGACAGAGCCUGUUUACUGGAAGAGAAGAAAAAGCUUGAAGAAGAAGUUGCCAGGCUACGCAACAGUAAUGUGGUGUGUUCCACUCACGUAGCUGCAGCUUCUGAACUCUGUGACUCCUCUGCACCUGACCUCCCUUCUGAGUUGGAUAGACCUGUAUAUGAUGGUACUGUGGUAGACGAGGACAGACUUGAAACUAAUUUGGAAACCAGUAUGAUGGCUGUUCAUGAUGGUAUGCUAUCAGAAGAAAAACAGAAGAUAAUAUUGCUUGAAAGAACUUUACAACUGAAGGAAGAAGAGAAUAAACGAUUAAAUCAGAGACUGAUGUCUCAAAGUAUGUCUUCAGUUUCUCCACGAAAUUCGGAAAAAAUAGCAAUCCGAGACUUCCAGGUUGGCGAUUUGGUUCUUAUUAUCUUGGAUGAACGCCAUGACAAUUAUGUGUUAUUUACAGUCAGCCCAACAUUGUAUUUUCUGCAUUCAGAGUCACUUUCUGCACUGGAUCUUAAACCAGGUGAGUGUGCUUCUGGCACAACUAGAAGACCGUGGGUCCUUGGAAAGGUGAUGGAAAAGGAAUAUUGUCAAGCUAAAAAGGCACAAAACAGAUUUAAAGUUCCUCUGGGUACAAAGUUCUACCGAGUGAAAGCAGUGCCAUGGAAUAAAAAAGUAUAAUUUGCCCUCAUUUUACCCUGUGACAUAUGUAUUUUUUGGCCUGUUCUUCAAUACCUGUUCAUAGCUCAAGAAAAACAGGACAUCUUUUUAUACCACGUCUUGAUUAGCUGUUCUCACUGGUCUUGUACAUUUACUUUUUUUUAAAGGUUAUGUCUUAGGACUGUAAAUUUAAUCAAAGGAUUCUGCAUAUCUGCCCCGUUUUGUUUUUUUAAAACCCCAACUUCUAACACGUGGAACAAGAUGAGUUCAUUUUCCAAAAGACAUAUGAUGUGCAUAAUGCUUUAGGUUUUUUGUCAUGCAUAAUGCCUGUUAAAUAUAAAUUAGCUUGUAUUUAGAUGUUAAAUGUUAGCUGCCAUUAUUACCAGCAUUAGUCUCUUUGUGAAACAUUAAAAAGUACUUGCACUCUUCAACACAUCCUUUAUAAUAUGUAUAAAUUUGACAACUAUUUGAAGGGGAGUGUUCAUGGCAUGCUGAUAACCAUAAUUUCUUAAAUAUGAGUUUGCCAGACUGAAGAACUAAGAUAUCUAUUGGAACUUGUCUCAUUAAUUUAAAAAGGCUUGUUUGAUGUAUAAAAUAAAAUAAAAACUACAAAAAUGGAAAAUAUAUAUUUCAUUUGACUGGCUGUUUAAUGCAAAUUUCCAAUGCACUUUUGAAUGAUUUAUUUAGGACAUUCUGAAGGGAAGAAUGUAUAGAGCACCAGACUACAUGUAAUGGUCUUUUAUUAUGUUAUACAAAUCAUACUGAUGAACUUGUAUUUUAUGGUUGAGUUUCAUCCAAAAAAACAAAAAAAAAUGCAUUGUACAAUAACCGUAUUUAAGUAACAAAUUAUUGUAUUGCAAAAGACAUGUAGAAUUUUAAAACAAUAAAGAUUUAAACCUGUAAAUGUUGGAAAAUCUGUGUUUUAAAGAAAAAAUACAUGUAAUCUGUAGAUAUAAUAAAACAAAUUUAUUGUCCAUAUUUUACUUUAUACAUCA